AUGCCUCAAGAGCUAUAUAAUGCGGGUUGUCGCGCAAAUCCCAACAAAGACCUGGUGAAACACCGCAGUCCUCCAAGUGAGAUAAUACCAUCCAGAACACAAGACAUAAAAGACAAAAUGGGCCGCUACUCACGUGAAGAGAUUAACCAUUGGAGGGAAAAGUUCAGGGAGAUUAACACCAACGGUGACCGUUAUAUCGAACCUAAAGAGCUUAUUGCAGCUGCUCAAAAACACGGUCUUGAUAUGAGCGACGAGGAGGCCGAAUUAUGGAUUAACGAGCUGGAUGAGAAUCACGAUGGUAAAGUCUCAUUUAGCGAGUUCAUUAAAGCGUUCGGAGAAAGAAUGCAGAAUAAGUGA